AACAAAAGACAACGUUUCCACAUUUAGAGAAUAGAAGAGUGGGCGGAGCCACUGAGCUUCCAGUCGUCCAUGGAACCUCGCACAGUCUGUUUUCUUUUACGUCCGCCGAGCACACAUAAUUACACGGCUCCUUCGGAGUGAACUUCAUUCGACUUUGUUCGUUCAAAGAAGAAACUGUAACCAUGAGUGGAAGAGGCAAAGGUGGCAAAGGACUCGGAAAAGGAGGCGCCAAGCGUCACCGUAAAGUUCUCCGUGAUAACAUCCAGGGCAUUACCAAACCCGCCAUCCGUCGUCUGGCUCGCCGUGGCGGAGUGAAGCGUAUCUCUGGUCUGAUCUACGAGGAGACCCGUGGUGUGCUGAAGGUGUUCCUGGAGAACGUCAUCCGCGACGCCGUCACCUACACUGAGCACGCCAAGAGGAAGACCGUGACCGCCAUGGAUGUGGUGUACGCUCUGAAGAGGCAGGGCCGCACUCUGUACGGCUUCGGCGGUUAAACUCAUGCUCCUUCAUCCAUCAAACGGCUCUUUUAAGAGCCACACACCUCACUUUAAGAGCGUUGUUCUCCGUGUUGUGUGUGGGGUGGUGGUGUUGUUUUCUUUUGGUCAUCUUUUGGCGGAAAGUUCUGAAAACCGUACUAAAAGUUACUGACGUUCCCAACAUGACUGUCUUUUGACAUAAGAUUAAGGUGUUUGUAACUCAUGCUUUUCUUUACAAAAUUACAAUAACUAACAUAGCAGCAAACUGAACUUCAGAGGUUAUAGACCGAUUCAAUACCACUGUUUAUUAAUACUCACAGCCUAGAGCAGGAGUGUGAAUAUUCAUACACCAAACAAAAGAAAACCAAUAGAGUUCACUGAUUUAUCACUUUAUUUGUAAAUGUCUUCCUGCCAGAAAUCCGCUUAAAGCAAAAGUGCUUAUUUAGUAGGGUUUUUUUUUUUUGUUUUUGUUUUUAAGAUAACCUACCCACCUUUCAUCUAGUAGCGGGUGGACAUGAGUGGAAGAGGCCCUAUGAUUUUGAAACCUGAACCUAAUGUGUGCCUGAAAUAUUAUUUUCUCCAAUAAUAUCAAUGUAACAAUUUUGAUGUGUGAUCUUCAUUUCUGAAAGGCUUACUCAGUCUUACAAUCCUGACAUUACCAGGUUAAUGUAUCAAAGGCAACUGUAAAUGAUCUGUGAUGAAACAACACACAUUGCAAACAAGUUUU